ACCCCCACCAAUUGGUCCAAUUCCCAUCUUCUAUAAAUUAAAAUCUUUUCUUGCAUGCCCAAAACACUCACUUUGCUUUCUCCCUUCUUUCUCUCUCUUUCUCUCUUUCCUAAGCCACAGGGGAAAAAAGAAACAGCAAGGGGCAAAGGAAAGAAAAAAAUAUGCUUGCAGAAGAGAAGUCCCAAAAGUACCCGACAAUGCCAGAGGUCCUUGAAGAGCUGGAGCAAAUGGCUGACAUUGGUUUCCCUGUUUUGGCAAUGGGCUUAGUCGGUUAUCUCAAAAAUAUGAUCUCUGUUAUUUGCAUGGGCAGACUUGGAACUCUCCAUCUUGCUGCUGGUUCUUUGGCCAUUGGUUUCACUAAUAUCACUGGCUAUUCGGUUCUUUCAGGCUUGGCUAUGGGCAUGGAGCCACUUUGUAGUCAGGCUUUUGGUUCUCAUAAUUCUUCCAUUGCGUUUCUCACUUUGCAAAGAACGGUUCUUAUUUUGCUUUUUGCUACUAUUCCCAUUGGGUUUCUUUGGCUAAAUUUGGAGCCUCUCAUGUUGGUUCUACACCAAAACCCAGAAAUCACUAGAAUUGCAGCUGCUUAUUGCCGUUUUGCAGUCCCUGAUUUGGUAUUGAAUUGUCUUCUACACCCUUUGCGUAUUUACCUUAGAAACAAAGGCACCACGUGGCUUGUUAUGUGGUGCAAUUUGUUGGCUAUUCUCCUACAUGUUCCCAUCACUAUUUUCUUGACUUUUCCCCUUGAUCUUGGAAUCCGUGGGAUUGCUAUCUCCAAUUUUAUAGCUAAUUUCAAUACCCUUUUCUUCCUUUUACUCUAUUUGAUCUUCUGCACUCGUACUACCUUUUCUUCCUCCUCUUCCAAGGAGGCUAAUCUGUUUGUGCCACUGAAAAGCAGUACCGCCGUUAGUGCCACCACGGUCGGGGAGGAAUGGGGAAUGCUGAUCAAGUUGGCUGUUCCUAGCUGUCUUGGAGUUUGCUUGGAAUGGUGGUGGUAUGAGUUCAUGACCAUUCUCACUGGCUACCUCUAUAACCCGCGGAUUGCACUUGCUACUUCAGGCAUUGUAAUCCAAACAACUUCGCUAAUGUACACAUUACCAAUGGCUCUCAGCGCUGCUGUCUCGACCAGAGUUGGUCAUGAGCUCGGCGCUGGCCGGCCUAAAAAGGCCCGACUGGCGGCUGUGGUGGCGAUUGGAUUGGCCUUGGUGGGCUCAUUGAUGGGGCUCUCAUUGACCACUAUUGGCAGAAGGACAUGGGGAAGAGUUUUCACAAAAGAUGAGGAAAUUCUAGAGCUGACAAUGGCGGUUCUGCCCAUAAUUGGGCUGUGCGAGCUAGCAAACUGCCCACAAACAACAAGCUGCGGUAUUCUGAGGGGAAGUGCAAGGCCGGGGAUCGGAGCAGGAAUAAACUUCUGUUCAUUUUACAUGGUGGGGGCGCCGGUGGCCGUCUUGUCGGCGUUUGUUUGGAAGUUUGGGUUUGUGGGUCUUUGCUACGGGCUUUUGGCAGCUCAGAUGGCAUGUGUGGUCUCAAUCUUAAUUGUGGUCUUCAAUACAGAUUGGGAAAUGGAGUCGAUCAAAGCCGAAGACUUGGUAGGCAAAAACACCAAUAACGUCUUUGCACAUGCAAUCCACACAGCCAUACGUGAGGAAGGUUCUGAAUUUCUCAAAGAAUCACCUGUUCAAAAACAAGAUACAUAAACUUCGAUUUAAUUUUGUAUAAUAUAAGUAUGACUAGGAUUUAAUAGGAAGGUAUACUAUAUAUUAUAAUUAUCUCCAUUUCUCUUCAAAGCCUAUUAUUUUGUUUGAUUUAUUAGGUAAAUUGGGGAUAAUUGGAAUUGGGAUAUGUUUGUAAUAUAUUUAGAUAGUGAUUUUUGUUUUCUUUUGGUUUUUUCCCCUUCUUUUUGGUGUAGAAUUUGGUGUCAUAUCAAUGGAUGAAAUUUCCCUUUCGAAUGAUCAGAAAUUAUAUAACGAAAAAAAAAUGGAAGAGGCAUAUGGGA